CCGGCAGCCCCGACAGAGCCCGGGAUGCGGGGCUCAGUCACCCGGCCGCCUGAGCCUGCUGUGGCUGCGGACCGAGGCCGCCGGAGGGAACCCCGAUGAAUCCAUUCCAGAGGGGAGCUCAAUCUGGAUGCGCGGCCACGGGAACGUGUGCCUGGAUCCGCCGGCCGCUGCUUCAGCGUUUGUAAGUGUUUUGCGUCCCCGUGGGUCCUGUCCCCCGCUUCCUGAAGCCGCUAAGAGGCUCUCCGUCCGGGCAUUAUGUUGGCCGCAGAGUUUUCCUGGAAAACAGCAUCUCCCCUGGAAGUGGCUUGUUGGGGAACCCUGUUGACAGCAGUGAGAGGAAGAAGCAAAGCUGUCGCUGUCCCUCUGCAGUGUCUGUAGGACGUCGAGGGCUGGGGCCACUGUCGGUUCCCUAAAUAGCACCCAGACUUCUCUUGUCUUGAGCUGUUCUUACCCCGUCCUCUGACACUGAAAUAAAAUAGAAAGAAAACUGUUAUCUGGGGAAGCCACCGAUCUUUCCAGCCAUGAAGGCAGAGACAGUGACCCCGAUCCGGGAAACCCCAGCAGAGCCCAGCUAUGUCUUCAGUGAUGUGUGGAGUAGCCGAAAGCUAAUGGUUGUGGGAGUCUUGCUCGCCUGGCUCCUCGUCAUUCACCUUCUGGUCAAUGUGUGGCUUCUGUGCCUUCUGUCAGCAUCACUAGUGGUUCUAGGAGGAUGGCUGGGCUCCAGCGCCAUUGUGAGGGCCUCAGGUCGACUGCAUCUGGAACGCUUCAUCCUAGUGGAUACCUGCCCUCCAUGCCCUGAGGCAGAAAAACAGCUGGAACAGGAGAUCAACCACACCAUCCAGAUGAUUAUUCGGGAUUUUGUGUUAUCCUGGUAUCGUUCAGUGAGCCAGGAGCCAGCCUUUGAGAAAGAGAUGGAGGCAGCUAUGAAAGGAUUGGUUCAGGAGCUGCGGAGGAGGAUGGGUAUAGUGGACAGACAUGCUCUUGCCCAGAGGAUUCUGACUCUCUGUGGUUGUCACCUGCAGAGCUACAUUCAGGCAAAGGAGGCCACUUCAGGGAAGCAGAGUGAUCGAGUCCAACCCUCCCAGCUGUGGGAUGCUUACUGCCGGGCUACUGCUCCACAUCCCGCUGUGCAUAACCCCAGUGCUGAAGUCACCUAUACACGUGGCAUUGUGAAUUUGUUGCUUCAAGGGCUAGUGCCCAAGCCCCACUUGGAGACUAGAACUGGACGCCAUGUAGUAGUCGAACUCGUUACUUGUAAUGUCAUCUUACCACUGAUCAACAAAUUGUCAGAUCCUGACUGGAUUCACCUUGUACUAGUGGGUAUCUUUUCCAAGGCCAGAAAUGAUCCAGCACAAGUGACUAAACCACUCUGCCCACCCAAUGCCUCGGAGCAGCCCUCGGUGCCCACGUCUCUGCCAUUAAUUGUUGAGGUAGAGAGUCUCCCAGAAGGAAGAGCCCCUUCUCCAGUACCAGCCCCAGUACUCCUAAACUACAGUGAGCCAGGCCCCUCCCCAGAAGUUGAAGAAGGCCAUGAAGUUAUAGAGGGAGAUUUGGCUGGGAUGCUUGAAGAAAGAAAGGUAAGAAACAACUCAUCUCAUUUCCUAAAGCCAGAUAUUCGAGGACCACUAUUCUUAUGUGAAGACUCAGAGCUGGAGUCUCCACUUUCUGAACUCAGCAAAGAAACCAUCAUGCUCAUGACCCCAGGCAACUUCCUCUCUGACAGGAUCCAGGAUGCCCUAUGUGGUGUCCUCCAUGGCGAAGGAGCUGAGGUUAUUGAAGGAACAGAGACUGAGGAGGGUCCAGGAACAGGAACAGAGACAGGCCUGCUGGUCUCCAUGCUGAACUCUUGCCCAGAGAUCCAGAUUGACAGAGCAGACAAGGAGGUAGAGCAAGGUGAUGCCACCUCUCUGACAGCUUUGCUGGAGGAACCAGAAAAGACCUGUCCUUCACGACCUUCAUGCUUAGAGAAGGAUCUUGCCAAUGGUGUGAGCUCCCUCGAUUCUACUGUGUCAUCAGUUCCACUUUCUUCCUCUCCACCUGGUCCUCUCAGCUCAGCCACCUUCAGCUUUGAGCCCCUGAGCAGUCCAGAUGGUCCAGUUGUCAUCCAGAACCUUCGUAUCACUGGCACCAUCACUGCCCGAGAACACAGUGGCGGUGGAUCCCAUCCAUACACACUCUACACUGUGAAGUAUGAGACAUCCCUUAGUGGUGAAAACAGCAGCAGUCUGCAGCAGCUGGCCUACCACACUGUGAACCGCCGCUACCGGGAAUUCUUGAAUCUGCAAACUCGUCUGGAAGAGAAACCAGAUCUACGAAAAUUCAUCAAAAAUGUAAAGGGUCCCAAAAAGCUCUUUCCAGAUCUUCCCUUUGGAAACAUGGAUAGUGACAGAGUAGAAGCCCGUAAGAGCCUCCUGGAAUCAUUCCUAAAGCAACUCUGUGCCAUUCCUGAGAUUGCUAACAGUGAGGAAAUGCAGGAGUUCCUUGCUCUGAACACAGAUGCUCGUAUUGCCUUUGUUAAGAAGCCGUUCAUGGUGUCUAGAAUAGACAAGAUGGUGGUGAAUGCUAUUGUGGACACCUUGAAGACAGCAUUUCCUCGCUCUGAACCCCAGAGCCCCACAGAGGAGCUGAGUGAAGCUGAGAAUGAAAGCAAGCCCCAGACAGAAGGCAAGAAGGCUAGCAAGUCCAGACUGAGGUUCACAUCCAGUAAAAUUGCUCCCACACUGAGUAUGACUGAGUCACAAGACAGGAUUCUCUAUUGUUUCCAAGAAGGCAAUGUGGAAUCAGAUAUCCUAUCCAUAUCUGGGAUGGAAUCCUUUAUUGAAAAGCAGACAAAGUUACUGAAAAUGCAGCCAACAGAAACACCAGAAAAAGAUCCUAAACAAAUCCCCAAAGAAUAUGUGGACCAUUGCUUGUCAGAUACAGCUGUACUAGACCAAGAUCUUGACAGCAGUGACCCAGGAACAGAGACAGAGUUAGCUGACACAGCCUUGGACCUGAUCCUCUUGUUGUUGAUGGAGCAAUGGAAGUGGCUAUGUACUGAAAACAUGCAGAAAUUUCUUCGCCUUAUCUUUGGAACACUAGUUCAGAGGUGGCUAGAAGUACAGGUGGCUAACCUAACAUGCCCACAGCGCUGGGUGCAGUACCUCCGGCUUCUUCGAGAAUCUAUCUGGCCUGGUGGAGUUUUGCCUAAGCUUCCGCGGCCCACGAGAACUCAGGAACAGAAGGUGGCUACUCAGAAGCAGGCUUUGCAGAGCCUGAUGAGCAUCCUACCAGAUUUUUUAGUAGAAAUCCUGGGGGUAAACAAGUGUCUACUGAGCUGGAGUCUAGUCUUGGAGUCACUACAGCAGCCCCUCAUCAACAGACAUUUGAUCUACUGCCUUGGGGACAUCAUCCUGGAAUUCUUGGAUCUCAGUGCCUCUGUUGAAGAGUCUGCCACAGCCCCCUCUGCCUCAGAUGCCACAGGCAGCCCCAAGAGGACCAGUGUUUCUCCUUAGCUGGGGGGUCAUUCACUCAUUCUUUGAAGGCUGGGAAAGGAGAAUUACUCAGCCACCGCAGAGACCAGUCAUUUCACCUGUGUCACUGAAGCUAGGCCACAGCUCAGCAUGCCACCUCAUCCCCACCUCCCACUUCUGGUUCUACUUCCUUUAUAGCAAGUGGCAGGAGGAUAUAUGUACCAAUGCAUGCAUAUCCAUUUCCAUAGCUUUGUUGUAGUGUUUGGAUUAUUGCUAGUGGCUAGGUCCUAUUUGCUUUGGGAAAGGACUCCAAGUAGAGGAAUGUGCGCCUUUAGCCUUCCCUAAGAUUGCAGCCUUGCCCUGUGCAAACUUGUGCCUAUUCCACCAACAUAAGCUCUUGGGUGAGACAGGAGAAAAACUAGAGCCAGAUGCCCUUGAAGGAGAAAACAAUCUCCUGAGCUCUCUUUUCCUUCCUGGAAACUGAGAAUUCGUUCUGGUCUUCUCUUGAAAGCCAGACUCUUAUUUCCUAACAAUUCCUGAAGUGGGAAGGAAAAUAUUUCUCAAAGGACUUCUUACUCAUCAGCUAUUUUCCAACACAGCAGCCUUAUAAAGGAUAUUAAGAAGGCUGCUUCCUUGAGUGGCUACACCUUGCCUGUCCUGAAGGCUUCACAUCAAACUGCCAGGCUUCUGGUAAUUCCACCCCACCUUUCACACUCUUUCCUGAAAGGGAUUACACCACAGGUUUCAUUCGUUAGCUUUCUUCCCAACCCCUGCCCAUGAACCAUUGAGUUUUUGAAUUUGUGACCAUCCCACUAUCUUUGAAAUCACAUGAUAAGUUACAUAUGAGGCCUCAUUGUUUCAAAAGAGAAGGGAAAGUGCUUGCUCCAUAGCUGAAAAUGCCCAAAGAAUAGCAGCGCAGGGGACGAAGUGCCUCUGUUCACAAGUCUUCGACAGGAAACUUUUAGUCCAAACACAUAAUGUUAGUGGACUUAUAGGGAAUUGCUUUCACUUGCUGUAGUCUUUAAGGAACAAGUUAGUCCUUAAUGAUCUAGCCAUGAAGGCAGAGGUUCUAUGUCAAAUUAUAGUGUCUGCUAGAAACAUGGAACAAUUCAGAGGAUUUGCUGGUAGGAAAGGAGGCAGAUAAGAAAUCACAAGGAGAGUGCCGCUGCCCAUUAGAUAUGUGAAUAGCUGUCAAAAGAUGUUUUCAGGGCACCAUUGGAGACCAUGUGUGACCCCCAGCCCUUAGCAUCACACCUGUCUCUGGGUGCUCUGACCACAAGGUAUUCCCACUUGGAGGAGGGCCUUGGAGUUAGACCAGUGACAAUGGUUGGGGCAUCAAAAACUUUGUCAAGGUUGUUGAAGAUCCUGAAGCAGGUGACAAGCACACAAUUAAAGUUGCUCAUAGAAAAAAGUGAAAUUAUGUUACCUCCCCCCCCACCCCACGAAGGCUCUUAAUCAUAAACUGUGUUCUGAUACAACUGCGAGGCUUGGGUGUGCUAUUCUUGCUGAAAGGUAAGAAGGUAAAUGAAAUGUCUCAUGACCCCUCUGGCCUUAAAAGUUGAUUGCGACAGUGACUUAAAAAUCUUCUACCUUAGAUUUUCACAGGCUGAGGUAUCUCAUGAGUGUGGGUUCAAGCCAAACCAUAUGGCUUCUUCAGUGUGGGGUCUUCUGUUCUGAGUAAGUAGAGGUGGACAGCCCUGGUUUCUGCUGCCUUCUCCCCAAACUCACCUCUCACAUGUACCUAGCCACCACUGCCGCUUUGAAUCUUCCCAGUUCUGGUUCAGAUGUGGCACAAAUUCAGUAAGUUGAUGAUCUGACACACCAUGAAAUUUCUGUGGCAAUAAAUUCUAAGGAAUCUUUUGACACUUCCAGCCCAAAGAACUUUCUUGUAUUUCAUGUUACAUAAGAGGCUCCACCUCUACUCCACCUGCCCCAAAAAGAUAAGCUAUCCUCACGCCCUUCUACCCAGGAGGGAAAUAAUAGAUA